AUGGCUACGAAAAAAGAGAGAUGGAUAAAACACUACAGAAGCUCUCAGAAAAUACUAUUGGUUGGUGAGGGUAAUUUCUCAUUUUCUUCAUGUUUAGCUAGAGCUUUUGGCUCUGCAACUAACAUGGUUGCAACUUCUUUUGAUGAUAAAGAGACUUUGUUGAGGAGGUAUUGGAUAAACUGCGCAUCGUAUUUGGAGGACUUGAAAGAAAGAGGGUGUUUGGUGUUACAUGAAGUAAACGUACAUGACAUGAACCAACAUCCAACAUUAAAAUCCAUCAAAUUUGAUGUUAUCAUCUUCAACUUCCCUCAUGCAGGCCAUGUAAGCUGGUUAAAAGAAAGCGACAAAUUACUUAUCGAGAGGCAUAGGCAUUUGGUGAGGGCGUUUUUUGAAAGUGCGAGUGAGUUGUUGAAAGAAGAUGGUGAAGUUCAUAUAACACAUAGGGAUGACGAUCCAUAUAGACAAUGGAAACUGGAGGAGCUUUGUGAAACUGCUGGUUUUUGUUUGAAAGAGAAAGUAGAAUUCAAUAAGAAGGACUACCCUGGCUAUAUCAAUAAGAGGGGCGGCAAUAUCAACGGCAAUGUUACGUUUCCUCUCAAUGACUGCAGCUUCACAUUUAAAUUUUGUCUGCAAAAAUCUGGUUCCUCAUUGACUUCUAAUGAUGAUGAUGGAUAUCAUAUGAUUAGUGAAGCUAUUGUUAAUGAAGUGAAUGGUAUUUUAGCUGAAUUGGGGGUUGAAAGUUUGGACUAA